AUGAAGUUCUCUCACGCCCUCUUUGCCUUCGCCGCUGCCGGCCUUGCCAGCGCUCAGCUCCCAGACAUCCCGCCUUGCGCUCUUCUCUGCUUCGUUGAUGCUCUCGGCAACGAUGGCUGCAGCAAAUUGACCGACUUCAAGUGCCACUGCUCCAAGCCCGAACUUCCCGGCAAGAUCACCCCUUGCGUUGAGAAGUCCUGCCCAGACCUUGAGGCCCGCAUCUCCGUCUCCAACAUUGUUGUGGACCAAUGCUCCAAGGCCGGUGUGCCCAUCAGCAUCCCCCCAGUCGAUACCCGCGUUCCCACCGAUACCACGACUGCCGCUCCUCAGCCAUCUGCUUGCAUCCCUCGCCGCCGCCGCGCAUAG